CACCUUUGGGCAUAGAUAGAGAGAGAAAGGAAGAAAAAAAUGAAGAACAGGUUUUAGAGGGAGAAACAACCAAAGCAAAUAACCAUUUUUUAUUUUUUAUUUUUCUGAUAUAUAAAUUCCUUUUAUAUUAUUAUAAUUUUUUACCCGGAUCGGACGCUCGCCCGAGUGACCACCGAAUCACCCUAACCGGGAUCGAUUCAUGGAGGGAGUUGGAGCCCGGCUCGGGCGGUCAUCGACCCGGUACGGACCGGUCACGGUGUUUACUGGACCGGUGAGGAGGUGGAAGAAGAAAUGGGUCCACGUAGCACCAUCGACUUCUAACAGCAGUGGAGCAGCGUCUGCCACCACCUCCUCCUCCUCCAAUCACGCUCAUAACGGCGCCACUAAUGGUAGUAACGGUUCUCACCUUCUUCUUUAUAAGUGGACUCCAAUUACCCAAAGCCAAAACGCCGCCAUUAACGGUGAUACUAAUACCAACGGAAAUGCUAAUGCGGACAGGGUUUCUGGUAAAGACGAGACGGCGGCGGCACAACUGGACGAGCCUCCUAGGCGAAAAUUCAAAUACAUUCCGAUUGCAUUGCUAGAGGACACGGCAGAAGAUGAAGUUGCCGUAAAGGUGACAGGGGAAGCUGAAGCAAUUGAGAUUGAUUCAUCCAAGGAUGGUAAUUUGGAUGAGAAACCUGACAUUAAUGAUGUUCCAAUGGAAGAAAAUCAGGACACAAAUCAGGUAGUACGCCAAGAUCUGAAUGAAAGUACUUUGGAUCUGAGCUUGGGAUUGAAUGCUCAUGACAGCGACAAUGAUCCCGAAUGAAAAGCUGAUCACAGAGAUAGCUAAUUGAAAGAGUGAAGUUUACUGUACUGCACCGAUUGGAGAUUGGAAGCCUUGCCUCAUUUUUUGGUCACUUAGAUGAAAUUGCCCAUAGACUUCAAAUGUUUUCAUCCCCAGCACAUCUCUAGUCCCUUUGGCUUAUCCAAGUAGUUUUCUAUUGCUGUGUCAUUGUCAUACAUUACCUAUUCUUCAGCUCUGAACAAUCGAGUUUUUUUGCUUCCAGAAAUUCUAAAUGGACGUGCUGGUGUGAUGAGAUUAACUAUUUAUUUACCAUUGACAUAUCUUUGUUAAUAUCUCUUAUGAAUUACUAAUGGCUGUGCCAUUUACUC